AAAUGAAAGAAAUCUAGAUGUCUUUAGAUAUUUUUAAAUCACUAAUGAGUGUUUAUCUUAAGUUAUUGGGUGUUAUUUUGGAGUUGAAGAUUUGCUUAGUUAGAGCACAUUAGCACAUCUGUUCCAAGUUUUAAGAACCAAAGUCAUUAAAAAGGUUUAAUUUAAUACUAGGACAUUUUGUGAUUUCACUUCCCUCUAAGAUUAAAAAGCAACAAUAGUGAUGUAAAUAACACGGCUAUAAUUAAUGCACUUUACAGUGUUACAGUCGUAUCAAUAAUUGUCAAGCACCGGCUACUGGUGGGCCUCCAAAUCAAAUUCAGGCUAUAGGACCCCUUAAAGGCUUGGGCCGGCCCUGAACCAUUUGCUUUCAAAUGGCCUUAAAUGAUCAGUGGAUUAUCUGUAAUCAGUGAAUCUGCUCGUUAUUUAACUUUUUGUUUUUGAUGACACUGAACAUCUCAAGCACAGACAGACUGGACACACAUAAUGUGUGAACACCUUGUAGGAAAAAGGGAUUAGGAAAGAAUGUGCCGAUUUUGUAUUUAAACGUGUAAACCUGUUGUUAUGACUAAGUAAUUCUAUGGGAAAUUAAUUCUUUAGAGUGCAGUGUGAGACCCUGCUGUCUAAGAGGCUGUGGGAACACACACACACACACACACACACACACAUUUUUGUUUCCUGCCUCCACAGCUGCUCUGACCCUUCCCUGUUUUUCGCGGGUCUCGUGUCCCCUCAGCCUUUUACCCACUUCUCUCUUCUCCUCCUUGCGGCCGCGUGUGUGUGACUUUUUUGGGGGCAAACGAUGUGUUGUUCGGUGGGUUUCGCCCGCUCACUGGGUCUGGCCCUGCUACCUCUGGCCCUCUGCUGCAUCCUUGCCAACCUGCUGUUGCUCUUUCCUAUGGGAGAGAUCACCUACAUCCAGCAAGACCGCCUGGACAGCUAUAUCUGGUACUUUGGUGGACUGGGUGGCGGAGGACUUCUGAUGUUGGUACCAGCUGUUGUUUUCAUCACUCUGGGAAAAUGUAGCUGCUGUUGGAAUGAGAGUUUGAUGAUGUGUGGGUCGGUGUUGGCAGCUGUGGUCGGCCUGGUGGGGUCUGGCUACUGUUUCGUCAUGUCGGGUUUCGCCCUGUUGCAAGGUCCCCAGUGCUUCACCGCUAAUGGAUGGUCACAUCCCUUCGCAAACCAAGGGGGCAGGUAUCUGCUGCAGCCAGAGACCUGGUCACUGUGUCUUCAGCCACAUCAUAUCAUAGAGUGGAACGUGACACUGCUGUGUGUUUUACUGGGUUUGGCUGUGAUGGAGUUCAUCAUCUGUCUCCUGCAGCUGGGCAACGGCCUGGUGAACGCCGUGUGUCGGCCCUGCUGCUAUAAGCAGGAGUAUAGUCUCAACGCAUAGACCUGUGCACACUUGCGCUGACAUGACAUACUUGUAUGUGCUCAUAUCCAAUUAAGCUUCACUACCCAGCACUGUGUGUGUGUGUGAGAGUGAGUGUGAGUGUGAGCGCAACACAACACAUGAUUUAGACACAAUUGCACAUGUGCUAUUGUAAAAUAGACAACGGACUUUGUCAGUGUAACCAUUUACCAGCUUUCAGUUUGCCCCAAUUGACUAUAUGCACAGAGUCGCUUAGAACUUCUGCUUAAAGGUAGGGUGGGAGAUCAUUUUUUGGAGCAUUUUUUUACUGUAUUGCUUCAUGUCCCCCAAUUGUAAC